AUGAGUAAUGCUGGUGGACCACACAUAAUGAAUAAUCUACCUCCAGGUGUUAAUCCGGAAAAUAACUUAUUACCUGGAGGACCAAUAAUUAACCCGACAAUGAACAGAAAUAGAAACAACAAUCAAAACCCUUUGUUCAACGUAAGGGAGAGGCUAUUUCAUGCUUUAUUCUUUAAGUUCGCAAUAGCAUAUGCGAGAACUUUCCCUAGGCCGGUGCGUAGAUUUUUUGAGUUCCUAGUACUACUGAAAGCACUUGUUGCUUUCUUUGUUCUUGCUUAUAUACACAUAGUAUUUUCGAGAACACCAACAACAUGCCUUAAUCAUGUAAAAGACUCUUGGCCGAGAGAUGGCAUUUUGAGAGUAGAAAUUCUUCGGAAUCCAUCACAGGAUUAUACUAUUGAACAAAGCUAUGCUAAGGAGCGUAAGCUCAAAAAGGAUAAGGACGAACUCAAUACAAUGAUGAGCAUGUUGACUACUGAAGGGUUUAUUAACAUAGAAUCGUCAACAAAUGAUGAGUCUGAUGAUGAAUAUAUUCGUGAUGGCACAGACUAUGGUAAUAUUACGAGAGUACAUGAAGAGGGUGAAGAUUUAGGACUAACACAGGUGCUAGAAACAGGCCUGUAUACAAAAUCAAACGAUUAUGAGGCGAUAGACUUAAACACCACUAUUAUACCAGGAGAGGAAGUAGAACCUACAUCCUCAAUAUGGGAAGGAAUUAUGGGUCUUGUUGAAGAUAUAGAUAGAGAAUCAAAACUAGUUGAUGAAUCCCUUGAUGAGGCAGCAUCUAAUGAUUCAUCAAAAGAUGAGGACUAUAUCCUUGAAUACUCCCUGGAGUAUGGCUUCCUACGUCUGUCACCCAGUGCUCGGUUACGUCUAAGAAUUCCAGUGAAGAUUGUUACUCUCGACCCCCAAAAAGAUGAGUGUUUCGGCGACACAUUCUCACGUUUCGUGUUGGAUGAAUUCCUGGGUUAUGAUGAUCUUCUCAUGGCUUCAAUAAAGAGUCUCGCUGAACAGGAAGACAAUAAGGGUUAUUUAAGGAAAAUUAUUUUUAAAUAA